GCCCUGAAAAGCAGCCAGCGACAGGCGCGCUCCCCCCCAACACGAGACCUCGGCCGAGACCUGGAAGUGAAAGCCCGUUUUUAUUGACUGAUUAAAAGAGUGGUAUCCUCAAACACCCUCGAGGUCUCCCCAGUUCUUCAGUGAGGGCCUUGCACGCUUGAGGCUGAGGAAGGUGGCUCUUCCCCAGCUCUAUAUUGCAGGGAGCUGAGAAAAGAGCCCUCCCCCCACACCGCGCAAGGCAGACUCCAGCUGUGCCAGAGAACCCGGCUCCCUGUGAGCCCCCGGGGAUGUCCAGCCACCUCCAGCUGUGGGUCGGUAGCCUUCGGAAGGCUUUGAGCUGGUGGACACUUCCCCGCCUCUGCCGGAGCCAUGGGGAGGGAAGGGCAGGGCCUGCCCCGUGCCAGGCCCCACGGGGGGCCAGAGCAGCCCUGGUGCCACCAGGACCACGGAGCCAUCCCAGUGGCCCAUCCUGGGCUGGGGCUGGAGGUGGGUGGCCCAGAGGGACCUUCCCUGCCCGCUCCCCCGCAGCCCCUGGGCUCUGUCCUGGGCUGCGCUGCCCCGCAAACCCGGGCACAGGGGCCCUCUGGGGCAGGUGGCUCCACAAUCUCCCGCGCCAGCUCAGCCCUGCGCCGCUGUGGCGGCCAUUGUGUGUCAGUGUGAUGUCACCAUUGCAUCACAAACGUGGGCCUUAUUUAAGCAGCCUUCAGGGGGGCUCGGCUGUCCUUUCGACUACACGCGAGCCAGCGAGCAGAUGGGCAAGCAUGGGAAAAGCACAUCAGAGAUGGGAGGAAAGGCAGAGAGGAAGAAGCUCUGGAGAUGCUGGCGCUCCCUGAGCAACAUGGCAAGAUGGAAGCUGACGCUGCUGCUCUACGUCUCCAGCCUGAGCCUUUGGGGACUCUGCACGCUCGUGCUGCCCUGCACCCUCAGCUUUUUCUCCGUCCUGGGUCUGAUCAUCUUUCUGAACUUCUGCAUCAAGAGCAAGGCCAAGGGGACCUCUGUGGGGACAAGCUGCCGCAGAAGCAGGAGGAAGGAGCUGAGAAGUGAGCAGCCCCAUCCCAGAGCUGCUCUGGGCUCCGCAGCGGCUCCCAGCCGAGAGAUUCCAUUGUUUGUGGAGCCCCCGUCAUGGCCGCCCAUGCUCUUUCCACCUCUGCCUCCUCCCUCAGGAGCCUCCGUUCCUUGGGAAGGCGUGGAGGGGUCCACCAAGAGCCUGAAGUCAGGCUGGGCGAAGCCCCAUGGAGGAGAACGGGAGGAAAGCAGCAGCGGCAGCAAAGGGGCCCCUGCGGGGAAGCUCCCCGGGCACACAGCAGGCGUGGGUCAGCGUGCAAAUGUCACUGCUGACACCACCUCAGCGCUCCUCAGGAGCCCGCCCUCCAUCACCAACAGGGACGAGCUCGCCAGAUGCCUGAUACAGUCCCUGGAUAUCAACAGGAUCUGCCUCAACAUGUUAUGGAAGCUGAAGAAAGCUCAGCACAGCACCGCGGCAGUCCUGUACGGCGACGUGAGGGAAGAAUACCUUGUCUGCCUGCAGUGCCGUCGAUGCCUCGUGGGCAGCUGCCCGCACUACAGAGAGCCCGCGGCAGAGGAGGACCUGCCCGUGCUGGCCAUCAUCCUCCACACCGCGCACAUCCUGCGGUAUGAGGAGACCGAACAGCUGGAAAUGGGGCUGGGCUUCGAGCUCACCAUGGCUGGGGACCUGCUCUACAUGUGGGACAGAACCCAGCGCAUCCCCGAAAUCGCCCCCGAGAGGUGCUGCGAGGUCUGCAACGUGCCUCUGCCCAGGAGCCCCGGGGACAGCGGGAGCUCCCAGCCAUCGCUCCCCACCUUCAGGGCCCAGGCAACACCACAUGAAGACAUGAGACUGGCCCCGCAGAAGGCAAGGGCUCCUCCUUCAAGGCAGCCGGGCACCGACUGCGGUGAUGCCAGCACCGCCGAGCUGCAGCCGGCUGGGCAGGGGCAGCCUCUCCCCAGCCCGGCCCCCAUGCGGCCCCUGCCCUCAUGGGCACAGCCCCUCUCCCCUGCGGCCCUGGACCGGCUGCGGAGAGUUGCGAUGGAGCCCCUGCCCUGCGUGGAGCACAGGGGCCUGGGGCAGGGGGUCAGCCUGCAGCGCAUCCGGCAGGCCUGGUACAGGCUGAAGAGCAGCGUGCGGAGGAGCCUCGAGGACGAGCAGGGCUGCUUGUGGGCAGCGGGGAGCUCGGCUGACAACGGCACCACAGAAGGGGAGCGGACGGUGCUGUUCGACCUCCAGUUUCAGGGGGACGCGCUCUUGCACACCAUGGAGGUGGAGGUGUAAGGAGCAGCGGUAGGAAAAGGGGACCUCUGUGGGGACAAGCUGCCACAGAAGCAGGAG